UUCACCGUUGACUCUCGUGCGUCAACGAUUCCGGAUCCAGUGGAUCGACAUGUGGCCAGAUGGCGUAGCGAAAGCCGUAGCAGUAACAAGGUGUUCCGUAACGAUGAGGAACCAAGCCAACAAGAUGAAAUUGUCAGCGGCACUCUUACUGCUCUGAAGGAUGAUGUUGAAAAGACAACGGAAGUCAUUCGGAGAAGGGGACAACAAAUGCGAUUGGAACGCCGUCAGUUUCAAACUGAAAUGGAGGUUACUGGACGGGUUUCCGUCUCACCAACAGACGAGUUUCUUAGCACACGACUCAGGGCUGUCUCAACUGAGGAUAUGAACCGUGAGCUUGGAAAAAUAAAAGAAGACCAACGCCAAAACGCUGUAACAGACACUCUCGCAGCGCUUGUAUACGACGUGAAUGCGACAGCUGAGGUUCUCAGACGAGGACAUGGUCGUGGAAAAGAUGGCAGGAAAAGCACCCAAAGAGAGAUCGAGUACCAUCUACGGUUGUCACCACCAGCUGAAGGAGAGCAUCCAUUCCCUUCACCAAAACCACGCCAUGAUAAGUACACGGUCGACGAAGUUUCACGUGACUAUGGAGUGGCCAUGACUGAAAGUCAAACCAACAGCCUCCGUCGUUCACGUGCACGGUCCGAAACUCCGAGAAGAACGCUCCAGAUCGAGGGCUCUCCACCACCAAUGGCACCAGUCGUCUGCGCCUAUUGCAGUGAAGAAAUCGAUGGACCAAUUUUGACAGCUUUAGCACCAAAUUCUGAACGUGCACAAAAAUUCCAUACAUAUCACUUUAUGUGUUGCUAUUGCCAGAAGGCUUUGAAUAUGCACGGGACAUUCAGAGAGCAUGACCGACGGCCUUACUGCCAUGAUUGCUUCUACAGACUUUACAACGGCCUAUUGUACAAACCGGAUGAACACCAGAAGACCAUUGAGAAGCUGAUUUAA